AUGCCUCCCGCAGCUCACACCCCGCCACAAAACAUGGCCUUUACUCCUCAAGGCGCUCCAUUACGGCGCAGGACAGCACCAGGAUCCGCCUCUCGCCUCUCAGCCUCCUUCUCCCUCAACCCAGCAGACUCGGACAUGAGCCUCUCGGACAUGUCCAUCAACCUCAUGUCCCCCUCCAAGGGUCGCGCCGCCUUCCUCUCAGAGCAAGGCCACAUGGGCAUGGCCCAGGUCUCUCCUCGAAUCCGCUCGCCCCUCACUCGUGCAGGCCCUUCUCGGCCACCACCUGGCUCAGAGCCGCGUCCCACCACCCGUUCCCGCUCCCGCUUUGCAGGCGACGAGACGACCGAGGCAGACGAGGACGAAGAAGACGAGGACGACCGCUGGGGAAUGAUUGACUCGAUGCGGGUGUGGCGCAACGACGCCAUCAUUCACCACCUCUACGAGACGGCCAUGUUCUGGGGCGACAAGAUCCUCAGCUGGACAGGCGACUCGACCGAUGCCUUCUGGGUCGCGCAGGCGUACUUUCUCACGGGACACUACCUCCAAGCUGAGCGCUUGUUGACAGACCCCCGUCCACCACCACGCCAGCGUGGCGACAAGGGCAAAGCCAAGGCGCCCGAGGACGACGACGACCAAGGUCUCUUGCGCCGCCUCAUCGACGACCACCUCGCGUGCCGCUCGCUCGCGGCACAAUGUCUCAUCGCUCAAGAAAAAUACCAUGAAGCACUCGAGCUCAUUGGCGAGAGCAACCCGUUCCGCGAGGUUGGGGCUACCAGCCGGCCAGGGACCGACGGUGUCAAGCUGCACUCGGCAAUGUGUCACACCCGUGGCAUCCUUCACCUCCGUCUCUCGAGUCUCGAGCGCGCCAAGGAGUGCUUUAUCGAGGCGCUCAUUAUCGACGUCAAAAACUAUGACGCGUUCAGAGAGCUUGUUGAGGGCCAGAUGAUGUCGGCCACCGAAGAAUGGGAGUUUAUCAACAACCUCGCAUACCGUCAACAGCUCGCAAACGAGGAGGCCGACUUUGUGCGAUUCAUGUACAUCUCCAAGCUGCGAAAAGACGCACACGUCUCCGAGAUUGCCGCCGCCCGCAAGCAGCUCGUCGAAACGUACCAACUAGACGACAACUGUGACGUGCUGGUCGGCCUCGCCGAGGAGCUCUUUGCGCGCUACAAGUGGGAGGACUGCUAUGUGGUCACGUCAAAGAUUCUGGCCCGCAUGCCUGGUCACCCUGGUGCUCUCCCCCUGCACUUGGCGUGCAUGCACCACAUCCCGCGCCUACACUCGUCGCUGUUCAUGCUCGCACACGACCUGGUCCAGCAGGAGCCACAGGCUGCCUCGACGUGGUAUGCUGUCGGCCUGUGGUACUUUUCCGGCAAGCGGUGGACCGAGGCCAGGCGGUUCUUCUCAAAGGCCAACUUGAUCGAUUCACGCUUCGCUCCAGCCUGGAUCACGUUUGCGCACGCGUUCGCAUGGGAGGGCGAGCAUGACCAGGCUAUCACAGCAUACUCAACUGCCGCAAGGCUCUUUCCAGGAUCCCAUCUCACACUCCUCUCCAUCGGACAAGAGCACUUGCAACUCUCGCAGUCAGCCCUGGCUGAAGAGUACUUUCGCGCUGCAGCCGCGAUCCACUCGUCCGACCCGCUCUUGCUUAACGAGCUCGGUGUUGCCGCGUACAACCGCGACGACUUUUCCGCCGCCAUCGACUUCUUUGAGCGCGCGAUCGCUGGUGCGGGCGAGAUGCAGGGCUCGGCAGCGGAAUGGGCCGCCACGCACUGUAACCUGGGACACGCGCUGCGCGUGCAGCGGCGCUACACCGAGGCCCGCGCGGCGUAUGCGGCCUGCAUCCGUCUUGAUCCGACCAACUCGACUGCCUACGCGUCCCAAGCCAUGCUGUCGCAGCUGGAGGGUGACGUCCGCACGGCUAUCAGGCUGUACCACUCGGCGCUCUCGCUCUCGCCGCAAGACCCCGUGGCCACCAUUCUCCUCGAGAUGGCUCUCCUCGAGCAAGUCGAGGCGCACGACCCAACGACUCUCCCAGGCCUACCUGCUGCGAUCGCGCGCACCGACCUCGACCCGUUCUCGGUGCCCAAGGGCAACGCCGCGUUCGGCCCCUUGCCCGUAGAGGCUGACCCGGCGACGCUCGACGAGGCUGGCGAGAGCGUCGACCUGAGCUUGAGCGCAGGGUCGACAAUUGGAACUCUGGCAGGUGGUGGAGCGAGCACGUCCCGUGCCAGGGGGUACAGCAUUUCGACGACCGCAAAUGCGAGCUACAGGACUCAACGGUACCCGGACACGACUUUCAACGAGUCGAGUGCAAUGGAUAUCGAGGAGGACUAG